UGUGUAAAGAAGGACCCAGGAAGUGAACCAAACUGGUGGAAAUAGGAACCUCUUGCCCAACGCCAUGAAGUUACUCAUCACCAUCUCUGUAAUGCUGAGUGUUCUCGUCACAGACAUAGCAUCAUUUCACCACCGGAAGAAAGAUCGCAAGCUGGGAAGCAAAGCUAAAUAUGAACAUAAAGGUUGCACCUGUCUGAAUGGAGGAACCUGUGUCUCCUACUACCUCUUUUCUGGAAUGAGGCGUUGCUUAUGCCCCAAAGGAUAUAGUGGGGACCACUGUGAAAUCGAUGCUGAAAGUCGCUGCUAUACAGACAACGGGGAGGACUACAGAGGGACUUUGUCGGUGAAUGAGAAAGGUGACAGGUGCCUGGACUGGGACUCCCCUUCGCUGCAGAGAUGGCCUUAUCAUGAUGGCAUGGAGAAUGCCAUGAAACUUGGGUUAGGAAAGCACAACUUCUGCAGAAAUCCAGAUGGUCGAUCCAAACCGUGGUGUUACGUUAGGAAUGGUUAUCGAACCUCUUCAACAUCCUGCAAAAUCGACGCAUGCCGAAAAGAAGCCACAUGUGGCCAGAGGAGCUUCCGCAAGUACUUCAAGAUUGUGGGCGGUUUCAAAGCACCCAUCGAGUCUCAGCCUUGGAUAGCAACCAUCUACCACACCGAUAAGAGAGGAGGUAGUCAGUUUCUUUGUGGCGGCAGCCUCAUAGAUCCGUGUUGGGUCCUGACAGCGGCACACUGCUUCGGAAGCAACACUCCUGACCUAUCCAAGCUGACUGUUAUUCUUGGGAAGUCUGAAUUGUACACUGAUGAUACGAAGGAGCAAAAAUUUAAUGUUGAUAGGGUUGUCAUUCAUGAGGACUACACACUUCAGAGAACGGAUUAUAAUAAUGAUAUUGCCCUGAUGAGGAUCCGGUCAUCUUCUGGCCAGUGUGCACAAGAGUCAGACACUGUGAAGACCACCUGCUUGCCAUCGCAAGACUCAUUUCCAGACAAUUUCCAGUGUGAAGUUUCUGGCUAUGGAAGAGAAAACAAGACUGACAUUUACUUCGCAAGGAUCCUGAAAUCAACCAAUGUCAACCUGAUACCCCAGUCUUUGUGUAAGAAAUACUACAAGGACAGGGUGACGGACAACAUGUUCUGUGCUGGAGAUGAAACGUGGCAGACAGAUUCAUGCAAAGGAGAUUCCGGCGGUCCCCUGGUUUGUGCAAGCAGUGACAGGAUGGUGCUAUAUGGGAUCGUCAGCUGGGGCGACGGCUGUGCUGACAAAGAGAGGCCUGGCGUCUACACGAGAGUCGCAAAUUACCUUCGCUGGAUCGAAACCCACAUGAACGGCAUCCAUUUCAAAAGUUCCUACCUUCCUAAAUGAAGAUAUGGCAGCUUUCCAUGGAGUAUGGAGCAUGGAGCAUGGAAACUAAGUCAAAGAAUGUUACAGGCCGUUGAAACGCCAAGCCUUGUUUUGGAGUUGACGGUUCUUUGGUGGCUACCUUGACUGGACUUAACAUCAGGUCAAUUCAUUAACAUUUGUGUCGCUAUGUCUGAAGCGGAAACCAUCACUGAACAACACACAUUCUCCCAUGGUGGAGUGGGGAAGCUCUUCAAUAUUUAACAUUUAAAUAAGGAGUGUUUUAGCCAGCCAAUGUAAUAUACAUGUGGCCUUAUCUACAGGAGUCAGUAUUUCAUUUUGUCAGUAGGUGCGGGGGUUUUUUGGUAAGGUUUUUAAAUUGGCUACUAACGUGCCAUCCAGAAAAACAACUCAGACUCAUUUAAUUGAAUGAGAUUUCAGGACAACUGUGCUGCCCUAUUGAUUCAUUAUGUGCGUUUAGAUCUCUGUGGGGUGUAAUGUCAGGGUUUGUUUGUUUUUUAAAGACAAAAAAACAUGUCUAAGAUACAAGCCUUUGUCAUAACCUGAAUUUGGAAACCGUUUGAGGGCAAUCAAAAGCAACAAUCCCAGGGACUUCCUGGGUGUCAUCACCCAGGUCAAGAGACAGUGAGUUGUCCACAGGAACAGCCAAAUAUAUUUUCCCAUUCCCAAAUGGCUCUGAAUGUGCCAUAAUAUCUGAGAAGUUUGCAAUGUCUCAAAGGUUGCUGGGGGACAUCACGUGCAGAUUCCAGAACUGCUUCACUGGUGUCUCUAAGAUAUUGUCACAAUUUGGACUGCUUCUACAAUGAAGCUGGUCCAGUUUGUUUAAGGCAGCUUAGCAACUCAGAAGAGCAGGCAAUUGAGCAUAUGUUUGUUGACCUCACAAUGAUGUCUUGUUGAGGCAUAGAGCAGAUUGUUGCUUGAGUAGUAGCUUGCAGGGAGGCCCAUGAGGCCAUCACCACUUGGCUGGAGCUCAGGAGGUCUGGGGCUCCACAGUGUCUAAAUGGGUAUCUGCGUGAGAAACUCAAGUAUGAGGUACCGCCAUAAUUUGGGCUUCAUGAUGGGAAGAAAGGCAGGAUUAAAUGUAAGGUGAAGGGGUGGGGAGUUAAAAUAUAAACAAUUUCUGGCAUUUUCUACCAACUUUGAAAAGCAGCAACGGGGAAAGUAUUUUGAAAAGAAGCAGAAUGGAAACAAAAAAAUCGUUUUGAUUUUUAAUUCCAAGGUUUAGCUGUCUCUGGCUUCGUACGACUUGUCAUUCCACAGGUGCUGUUGAGAUAAGAGCGCUGCAUUUUUAACAGGGUUCACGAAUGAAUAUUAUUUCAACAAAAACCAUCCUUCCUCCAUGUUGGCAUUUGCACUCCCGGUUGCUGCCCAAAGGACUGGUUCUACUAUAUUUGUCUGACUCUCUGUGUAGAUUGCUGACAGUAUUUCAGCUGCCAAUUUUUUUAAUGAUAAGGUGGCUAAAUUCUGUUAUGCACCUUAAUAAACAACAAAAAAACCUGUUGUGGUAUAAUACGUGGUGUGUACAAGGCAAAACUCAGAGCAUAGCUAGACCAGAGAGGUCAUUUUUGACAUUGCAGAAUUUUACAGACCCUGAACUGGGUCAAGCUUCAGCAAAUGAGGGUGUCCCUCAUAAUGAAGAACAUUUGUAAAUAUUGCUUGCCUUGCCAUUUUUACAUGUUUUCCUAAGACUCCUGGCAGUAGCUUUUUUAUACAAUUAAGAAAGAAUGUUUUAUUCAAUGAAUAUGUAAUAUAUGUGCUGGGGCUGGAACCCCAAUUGUUAUUUAAUAAUCUUACUUUAACUUAUUGUUUAUAAAUCGUGGAUUUUAAACACCAAUAAAAUAUUACUGCUGUGUGGA